GCAGAGGAAAUAUUGGCCAGCAGGGCCAAGUCCAACCGCGUGAUUCUCAACGUCGGUGGCGACCGGCACGAGGUUCUCUGGCGAACUCUGAACCGCCUACCGCACUCCCGACUGGGUCGUCUGGGCCAUGCGGUCACGCACGAGGCUAUAAGUCAGAUUUGUGAUGACUACAGCCUUGAGGACAAUGAGUACUUCUUUGAUCGACAUCCGCAAAGCUUUGGAUGUGUGCUCAACAUGUACCGCACAGGCCAUUUACACACAGUAGAGGACAUUUGCAUUCUGGCCUAUCACAGUGACUUGGUGUACUGGGGCAUUGAUGAACGGCAUAUGGAUCCCUGUUGUCUGAGCCGGUACUAUCAGAAGAAGGAACACGUGGAGGAUGAAAUGCGUAAGGUUAAUGAGAUUUUCCUGCAGCAAAUGGAUACAGAAUACUCCGGAGAUGAUCGAUGUGCCGUUUAUCGCAAAAAACUCUGGGAUAUACUGGAGAAACCGCAGACAUCGAUGGCUGCCAGGGUUCGUUUGUUGAUUUUGCUCAAAAACUUUACUUUUACUGGUUUUGGAUUUUAA